CCCUUCACUUCCGAUUUUCUUUUUCCAAGCGGUGACUUUUUUUCGCGGAAAAACAUCGCAGUGAAUGGCGAACUUUGACGCUAUCUUUGACGAGAAUCUUCAAGAGGAUGAACAAAGUUCGCGUGUUUCUGACGAAAAUGUCCAGGUGACACUAGAGCCGGUUGUUAUUCGCGGAGUAGGACACAUGACAGUGUUCGGGCUCAAUAGCAAGUUUGAUGUGGAAUUUCAACAAGCCCUUAGUGCCAAGGUAGCCCCAGAAGAGUACAAAGCGACUGUCACAAGAGUUAAUAGAGUGCUUAGUAAGACAAUGCCUGUCAAUGUCCGCUGGUUACUCUGUGGAUGCAUAUGCUGCUGCUGUACCUUAGGAAUGUCCAUGUGGCCUGUGGUUUGUCUCAAUAAAAGAACAAGACAUUCAAUAAAUAAGGUGUUAGAUGCUGAAAAUAAUCACUUGUAUCAUAAGCUUGGGCUUCACUGGCGAUUAAAUAAACAGCGAUGCAAUUCCAGUAACAUGAUGGAAUAUGUACUGCUGGUCGAGUUCUUACCAAAGGAGCAAAUUUUACGACCUGACUGAUGACUCCAGAAUGUUUCACCUUCCUGAUAUAAUUCUAGAAUUGUAUAUUUCAUAAGAUAAUUUGUAAUCUGUAAUAUACACUGUUGUAAAUUGCAAAUUUAUGAUAAAUUUAUCAAUAAUAAUUGAAAGUCUUUAGUUUUCUGAUGAACUGCUAAGUUAACUCAGGAUCCAUACAAUCCUGUAGUUAACUUA